AUGCAUGCUGGACCUCCAGGAGGUCCCAAUGUCAACCCCAAUGCUGCUCCCGGGCCUAUUCCUGCCACGACUCCACUGGUUGUCCGACAAGACCAGAAUGGUGUCCAAUGGAUUGCAUUUGAGUACUCGCGUGAUAGGGUCAAGAUGGAGUACACGAUUCGAUGCGACGUAGAGUCUGUGAAUGUGGAUGAACUCCCCCAGGAUUUCAAGACGGAGAACUGUGUAUACCCGCGUGCGUGCUGUGCCAAGGACCAAUACAAGGGCAACCGCCUUCACUACGAGACUGAGUGCAACACGGUUGGAUGGGCCCUUGCUCAACUCAACCCCUGCCUGCGUGGAAAGCGUGGGCUUAUCCAGCGAGCGGUAGACAGCUGGCGCAACAGCAACCAGGACCCAAGACUAAGGAGUCGACGAGUGCGUCGCAUGGCCAAGAUGACCACCCGCAAGGCCCAGUCGGCUACACACGGCAACCACAUGGCUGGCCCAGGUGGACCAGGCGCACCUGGGGUGCCCAAUUCUGCCGGAUUGACAGCACCACCAAGGCCCACCAAUAUGGGAAUGGGAGGUUCCCAGAUGCUCCAUCACCAUGAUGGACCAGGGGGACCCCACGGAGGAGGCGACGAUGUUAGCGCCAAUGAAUACGGUGAAUCGCACACUCAUCAUACUCAUCAUCACCAAGCACCAAAUGGGUCACCUACGGAGGUCAGGCAAGCACAAAUUUUUUAUCCCACCUACCCAUCCAGCGAUGCAGUAGCAGGUUCAAGUGGCAUGCCCCCCAUACAUGACGGUCUCCACCCGCAUCCGCCUGCACACGCCGCGGGCGUCGCAGUAUCGAAGCAGCACGAUCAAGAUGAGGAAGAAAGAAAAGUGGCCAUGUUUGGCGACCUACCAGAGUCGAAGCGUCGCAAGUUCAUCCUAGUCGACGAUGCGCAGCGAGGGACGAGAGUACGAGUUCGUGUCACCCUCGACACGGUCAAGAUGGAGGAGAUGCCCGACUCGUAUCGCAAGUCCAACUCUGUCUUCCCGCGUAGCUAUUUUGCCAUGCAAAUGACAUCGCCUCCUGCGAGUCCGCGUGGGAGCAAGGUGUUUAGCGACGAGCCUGACCUUGAUAGCGACCCCAGCUUUCCUCUGGCUGGUUCUACAAGCGUGCCAGUGCCCACUCUGGACGGUGAGACUCGUGUGCCCAAGCCUCGUCUUACACGAGCGAAGCGUUCAAAGGAAAUCACACUGAACGAUCUCGGCUAUCGCAUGAGCUGGAGCCAAAGCCGUGUCUUUGCUGGGAGGACGUUGUUCCUGCAAAAGUCUCUCGAUGCUUAUCGCAACAAGAUGCGAAGCAGUAUGGUGGGCCAAGGCCAGGAUGUCACGCAGGUAGCGCCACAUUUUGAGACCCGCGUUGGAAAGCGACGCUGGAACGAGAGGAUCGAGCGAAGUAAGAAGAUGAGGCGCGACGGCUCUCCUUAA